AGUCAUAUUCAUCUUGCUCUGACAACCAUUGGAGCAGCCCCAGAACCUUUAUGGCAGAGCGGAGUGAAAGAUGGGUUACUCUGCAGCUCUUCACCUCCAUCAAUGGCGUCAGCUCGAAGCUCAGAAUCUCCUGGAAAGCCGGAAGCUUUGCAUCAGUUGCAAGAAGUCAUCUUUCAGCUACGGAGGAGGAGGAAGUGGACUGAAUCAGAGCCGUCGUCCACUCGCGGUGAAGCUAAAGAGCCAGAACCCUUUCUCAGAUCCUCCGAAAUGCUCCAUCAGUGGAGGAUCAGCACCUUCAGGGGAAGACUUUGAGGGCAAAGAUGAGCAGUUGCAGAGCCAACAGGCCAAGGGAUUUUGGAGCAAAUGGAAGGCUAACUCGGCUGAAAUGAGUGCGAAGCUAGCGAAGUUAGGACUUGCGGCAGUGCUUGCUUACGGCCUCUUUGAUGGGGUCACGUACACUACUUUCUUCAUACUCGCGUUCUGUGGAUACGAGAAGAGUACAGGGAAGAACCCUGCUGCUAAUCUGCAGGCACUACUAGGGAUUGUUAUCCUUAUGUGGACCGGGAAUAAUGUGACGAGGCCGUUCCGAGUGGCUGGAGCAGCUGCCCUGGCACCUGUAAUUGAUAGAGGACUGAAGAAGAUUCAGAAAUACUUGAACCUUCCUGGCACUGUCUAUGCCUUUGCACUUGUUGUCGCCAUUGUGGCAUCUGUCUGUCUCACGAUCAUCGGAUUGCUUAUCCUCUCAAGAUGGGGGAAAUGAGUCGCUCCGCUAAUGCUUCUGCCCAUUGUAGUUUUACUUGUACCAAUUUUUGGCCUCUUGAGAAUGAAUUGAAUCAAACCGCUGAGAACUGUUUCAGUUAUCAUAAUCUUGGGUA